CAAAAGAUUUAGCGGAUGCAAAACAAGACAUCUGUCUUCUUGUCUACUUUGUCUGUUCGUCUGAAAGUUUUUGAUUUGCCUUUGAGAAAGAUGGUUGUGUUUCCUCGUCAUUUGCAAGUGACUCUAAAGACUCAUGCUCAAAAAGUUUGUAGCUUAUAUAAAAGAGCUGUAAGGAAUGCAUGGAGUACAUAUGAUGAUAGGUGGCUUUAUCGCUACCAUGCUCGUUUAAUUAGAGCAAGAUUUGAUGAGCAUAAAGAUGAAAAAGAUUUAAGAAAAGCCAAACAGUUAUUGGAAGAUGGAGAAAAAGAAUUGUGGGAUAAUUUGCAUUAUCAACCACGAAAAUGUAAGUGA